CUAUACGGCAGCACUUGUCGUCCUCCACCACCACCACCAACACCACCAUCCCGCAUGUCCUAUUUCCUCCCCCAUCUGCCGUCGGGCUGGCACGUCGACGAAGCGAUCAAAUCCGAGGAGGACCGUGUGGUGGUGAUCCGCUUCGGACAUGACUGGGACUCGCAGUGCAUGACGAUGGACGAGACGCUCUACGCCGUCUCGGAGAAGGUGCAGAACUUUGCGGUCAUCUAUCUCUGCGAUAUCACGGAGGUGCCGGACUUCAACAAGAUGUACGAGUUGUACGAUCCCUGCACGGUGAUGUUCUUCUAUCGGAACAAGCACAUCAUGAUCGAUCUGGGCACGGGUAACAACAACAAGAUCAACUGGGCUAUGGAUAAUAAACAGGAGUUAAUUGACAUAAUCGAGACGGUGUAUCGCGGCGCGUCGAAGGGUCGUGGGUUGGUCGUCUCGCCCAAAGAUUACUCGACGCGGUAUAGAUACUAAGUGCGAGGUUGCUCCUUUGUGCAUGUAUGUCUCGCAAUAUACUCCUGUGAAUGUCCUGCAUACUGGCACCCGUGACCGGUGCCUGCUUGUUGAUCGUUUUACCUCCGGAUCCAGGCCUCGCACGUUCCAUCUAAAGACUGUUGCGUGUCAGAGCACUCCACGCUUUACUUGGAUCCCGCUUCCGUGGGAGCAAAACAGAUCUAAGUAAUCUUUGUCUUUUUUCUGGAUUCUGGGACCGGUGCUACAAGUCUGCUGAUGCUCUCCCCUGUGCUCUUGGGUCUAUGCUUGGACAACGCGGCGUGCGCAGUCCAUUGAGGCCCUGCGCAGUAAAAUGAAGACAGGCUGAAUGUGGGGCGAUGUGGGGCGGCACGAGAAAGCUGUGCAGCCGAGGAGGAUCGGAUCCUCACCCCUCGCAUUUGAAUGUCUCCAGAUCGGGCAUCUCGGACUGAGUUGAUCGCCUGCGUCAUUCGAGCGUAUUUCGACCGAGCUGACCGACGCGUUAAUUAAACCUCCAUCCUUCUUCGCGUCAUUCUUCGGAUUACUGGUCAGAUGCUCGAUCUCCCGCUCGGCCGCUGUGCUCUUUAAAGGGACUUUGUCGAAUGUGAAUAUUUCUCCAGUACCAUCAUGCAGUACUUCCUCGCUGUCCUCGCCUCAUUCUUCGCUGUCUCUGCGGCUGUCCCGCUGCUCCCCCGGGCAGCGGAGAUGGCCAACGCUACGGAGAUUCUCCAGUACGCGCUCACGCUGGAGCACCUCGAGGCUACCUUCUACGCCAGUGGUCUUGCAAAGUACGACAACGCCGCCUUCACCAAGGCUGGAUUCCCGUCCUGGGUCCGUGGCCGCUUUGCGCAGAUUUCACAACACGAGGCGGGCCAUGUCGAUUUCUUGACCAAGGCGCUCGGUAACGAGUCCGUUGCGGCAUGCAACUACAGCUUCCCCCAUACCGAUCCAGCCUCGUUCGCGGCUCUUGCCGGCAUUCUCGAGGGCGUUGGCACGAGCGCAUACCUCGGUGCCGCGCACUUCCUCACAGACACGACGCUGACGGAGGCGGGGUCCAUCCUCGCCACGGAAGCCCGCCAUGCGGCGUGGCUGCACUCGGCGGUGCUGAAGCAGGAGCCGUGGAGUGGGGCGUACGAGACGCCGCUCGACCUGCGCCAGGUGUUCUCGCUGGCGGUGCCGUUCAUCACGAGCUGCCCGUCAUCAAACCCCGCGCUCCCGCUCAUGGCCUUCCCCACGCUCAAGUUCACCGGCCCUAAAAAUGGCGCCGUGACGCUCGAUUACCAGACGAACCAGACGGGCGAUGCAUUCCUGGCGCUGUUCACCGGUGUCAACACACUCUUCGCUCCGAUCGUCAACAAGACCGCGAAGCUCCCCAGUAAUCUGCAGGGCACCGUGUAUGCCGUAGUCAGCUCGAACGGGUCUGCUGUCAGCGACGACACCACCCUCGCUGGUCCUGCGAUCAUGCAAUUCCCCUUUGGCGCCGAUGCUAAGAACCCUUGAUUCAUUGGUCUUGCGAACUGUCUUUGCAUCUUGUUGUGUCUCCCAUUCUGUGUAUCACUACGUACUGAUUCGAAUAUGACUUCUUUUAUUGUCGCAUGUGCCGUUUAGUCAAAAAAAAUAUUAUUACUGCGUUGCAGGAUCUC